UUUAUUACAAAUCUUUAUCGCCAAUUACAUACCGGCAAACAUGGCGGACACCAGCAAGAAAGAAGUUGUUGAAGACAAAAAGGAUGAAAAAAAAGCGAAGGGAGACGAAAAAGAGCAAGAACUCUCUGAAGAAGACAAGCAGCUACAAGAUGAGCUGAAUAUGCUGGUGGAGAGACUAACAGAAGCCAACCAGGCUUUGUACAAGCCAGCACUAGAGAGUCUGAGGACACAGAUCCGAGCUUCAACUACAUCAAUGACUUCUGUGCCAAAACCUCUCAAGUUUCUCAGACCUCACUAUGAUACACUGAAAACUGUUUAUGAGAAAAUAAAAGACAAGGAAACUCAAAGGUUUUGUGCAGACAUUAUCUCUGUGCUAGGUAUGACAUUCAGUGAUAAUAAAGAAAGUUUGAAGUUCAGGCUGCUAGGAUCUAAGGAGGCGAUGGGUUCCUGGGGAAUGAUAUGUCAUGGCUUGCAUAUCAUAGACUGGAGUGUAAACAAUUACAUUUUAACUGAUUUCAGACAUUUAGCUGGUCAGGUAUCUAUAGAAUGGCAAGAUUUGACGGAAACAGAUAAGGAUAUGAAGGAAAAACUUUUAAAGAUGGCGAAAGAAAUUGUACCAUAUCAUAUGGCCCACAAUGCUGAGGCGGAGGGAUGUGAUCUGCUCAUGGAGAUUGAGAGGCUUGAUCUGUUACAGGAUUACGUUGACGAGACGGCUUAUACUAGGGUCUGUCUGUAUCUUACUAGUUGUGUAGCAUAUGUACCAGAUCCAGAAAACCUUACCCUUUUGAAGACAGCUGUAGAUCUGUACAGGAAAUUUAAACAGUAUCCUCAGGCAUUGAGAUUUGCCAUGCAGUUAAAUGAUCAAAAACUGGUCGAAGAGAUAUUCUACUCGUGUAAAGAUAGUUUGGUACAGAAGCAGCUAGCAUUUAUGUUGGGCAGACAGCAAGUUUAUUUAGAACUCAAUGAUGAUAUGGAAGAUUAUGAUGAACUUACUGAGAUCAUGUCCAACACCCAUCUCAAUAACAACUUCCUUGCCUUGGCUAGAGAGAUAGAGGAACAUUCCUCUAUCUACAAGAAGUGA